AUGUCUCGAAACAUCAUUCAAAAGCCGGAUACAGCAAUGAAACGCGCUGAUGAGCUGAUCGCUGUUGGGAAGGAACAAGCAGCUCUCGAUGUUCUUCAUGACACAAUAAAGGCACGACGGCCAAAGAUUUGGUCGCAAACCUACGAGGAAAUGAUGCGGAAGCAUCUUGAACUGUGCACCAGCCUUCGAAAGCCGCAUAUAGCAAAGGAUGCACUCUUUCAAUUUAAAGCCAUGACUCAGCAGACUGCAGUCAGCUCGCUCGAGAAGGUGAUCAACCACUACUUGUUUGUGGCUGAGCAACGAGUAGAGGAGGCUCAAAAGAUGUCAAUCGAUAAAGCCGGCGAAAUCGACGAUCUCGAUCAGGGCGAAACUCCAGAACAUUUACUGAUGGCAGUAGUCUCAGCAGCAGCUACUCAAGACCGAAUGGAUCGAGCCGUGUUGGCACCUUGGCUUCGCUUCUUGUGGGACAGCUUCAGGAAUUGUCUCGAGUUGCUUCGAAAUAACUGCCAGGUUGAAUUUUGGGUUCAA